UCACCUGUCAGUGAAAUGUCACAAAAACAUAACAUAACCUAUAAAACUAUCAAAUUAAAAUAAAGAAGAAAAUUGUGAAUAAAAAGAAAAAUAGAUUUUACAAAAAUGCAUCGUUUUGCUAAAGUUUUACGUAAUUUAUCAUAUUCUAAGAAUAAAUAUCGUAUGAAUGUAAUUAGUAGUUCAAUAAAAUGUUUACAAUAUCCCUGUAGUAGAAGUAUAUUUUCCAAUCAAGUUUUGUUUAAUAAAUUGUAUAUAGAAAAUGAAAACGGUUACGCGUACAACAUAAUGACAAAUAAAGGAUAUGCCAAUCAAUUUGCAUUAGACAAAGCAAGCGAUAAAGUAAGCCAAGCUGAGUUUGAUAGAAUAAUGCAAGAUAACCUUAAAAAUAAAACACCUCAAGAGAUCUUUCAAAUGUUUUCCAAAAUUGGUGCAUACUGCUCCGAGCAUAAUAUGUGUAUAUCAAAUAAAAUGUUUGAUAACCAUAUUGAUGUUCUAACUGACAAUAUUAAGUUUGCCAGUGAUGAUGAAUUGAAAUCACUAUUUUAUGCCUUAAAAAGAUGGCCUGAAACACCAUCCCCGAGGAGCAGGAACUACAUAGAGGUGUGGGCGGCGCUGGACGACGAGUGCCUCAAACGACACACCGAGUGGUCUACAGACAAGAUACUGUCUUAUCUUUCCUUGUUCUAUAUGUUGAAAAUAAUAAAGGCUACUGAUUAUUCACAAAAGGUAUUGAAUAAACUUGCUACCAAAGCUAAACGUUUGACACCAGAACAACUUGUGCCAACAUUUUUCUAUGUGGGAGCACUCAGGAAUCCCCCUUACGAUAUGCACAAUCUGGAAAUCCAACUGGCACAAAACAUAUCUUUAUUAACUGUUGAUGACUUAGCAGUUAUAGCACUGGGUUUCUUUAAAAGCAAGACACCAAUCAGAAGUAUGGAGUUAAUAAGUAAAAUUCUUGAGAAAAUAAUUGAAAGUUCUAAAGAAAUCCAUGAGAUAUCACUGGCUGCUCUGCUGAAGCUUAUUAGAUUUUCUCUCAGAAUUAUGGCAAAUGAUGAUCCAUUGUACAGAUUGCUCGGAGUACUAGAGGCUGAAGUGCCAAGAUUGUCUCUCAUGUGUUGUGUUCACAUUGCGCUGGUGGGGACCCCUACAUUAACUGUCCAUGAGAGUUGUCUUGAUGCCAUUGCCAGAAAAUUGAUUUCUUCUAUAGAAGAUGCCAGAUUAAAAGAUAUUGAACGCUUGGUAUUAACUUAUGGACUGUUUAGUUACAAACCAAAAACAGAUACAUGUUUAUUUGAAAUUAUUACUGAAGAGUUGAAGAACCCCCGGAAGCAAGCCCAAAUAGACAAGUAUCCCCGGUGUUAUGGUUGUUGUGUCUCUUAUUUAGGACUUUUGGGAAUAUACCCAAAAGACCUUAUCUCAAAAGUUUUAGAUCCCAAGUUUUUAGAAAAACAAUAUGGAAGAAAUCCCUUUGAGUAUGGGCGGGAAAUUCUUAGUUUACAUAAUUCAGUGAAAAUAUACUUUAAUAAUGAUUCAGACAUGAACUGUCUCACCGAUAGAGCAGCUAUUGUUAUGGCCAAAAGGUACACUGAUUAUAUGCCCGAUCAGGAACAUAAAAAGCAGUACAAUAUAACUGAGAAAAUGAUCUUAGACACAAUGAGAGUUUUAAGAGAAGUCAGAGGAGGCCAUCAAUAUGUCUUGGGAGACCAUGUAUUAACACAUCAUCAGAGAGGAGAUAUAAUCAUUUGCAAUGGAAAGGAUGGGAUGCCAGUUUCUGUUGAAGACAUAUUUCCAAAACCAUUUGGUCUGAUAAAAAGGCCACCCACUGAUGAUACAUGGGUGGUCCUAGUGAUUGCAGGAAGGAAUGCUCUUCUAAAAAAGAGCAGACGGGCUACUGGACCAUUGCAGCAAAAAAUAUUUGAGCUUCGACACAUUGGAUAUAAAGCCAAUAUGAUAAGGUGGGAUGACUGGUCUACUCUUCAAACGGAUGAAGAAAAAAAAGAGUAUUUAAAUAAUUUAAUAACUGAAGCUAUUCAGAUUUAAAUUAAUAAACACCCACUAUUUAAGAACAA